AUGGGUUUUAUUCAGAAUUCACGCGUAAUUGAUUUUCGACCACGGCUUCUAUUCUUCCGAACGAUACGACUAUCCUCCACAAAAUCAUGCGAGCCACUCAAGAUACUCUUUUGUGGAUCGGACGAGAUCAGCAUUGCUUCAUUGAAGGCCCUUCAUGCUGAACACAAAGCAUCUCCUACAACAAUCGCCUCUAUUGAUGUUGCCUGCAGACCUGGGAAACGUGUGGGCCGAGGACGGAAAAUAAUUCGUGAAGUUCCAAUUAAGGCUGCAGCAAAGGAUCUUUCUCUUACGGUGCAUGAGAUAGACACUUUUACUGGGUGGACUCCUCCUCACAAGGAUCCGUAUAAUUUGAUUGUGGCGGUAUCGUUUGGCCUCCUAGUACCUCGUCGUAUCCUAGGACUUGCUAAAUAUGGGGGCCUCAACGUUCAUCCUUCGUUGUUGCCGGAUUUUCGAGGCCCUGCACCAAUAUACCACACCCUUCUGGCAGGAGACACAAAGACCGGGGUAACAUUGCAGACUCUCCACGAGUCUAAGUUUGAUCACGGAACAAUUUUGGACCAGACAAGUUUUGAUAUUCCACAGCCUGAGACGUGUGGUGUCCAGGAGCUUAGUAGUAUCUCAGCCAAAAGGGCUGCAGAAAUACUCAUUAGUGGAAUUAAGAAGCGGCUUUUUGUCCCGCCACUGUUGCCUCUCCAUCCUCCUUCUUCGGAAGCGAACGCUAGGAAUGCUGCAAAAAUCCACCCAUCUGAUCGUCACAUUGACUGGUCAUCAUGGACGUGGGAUCGAAUAUUUCGAUAUCACAGGAUUCUAGGUUCUCUGUGGAACCAUGCUGCCGUACCGGAUAGUAACGGAUCAUAUUCACACAAGAGAAUUAUUUUUAUGGACCUAGACACUGUUGAACCAGAUAUCAUGCCGGAAUUUAUAUUACCAGUGGAACCGGGGAUACCUUUCGCACUGCACGAUUCAUUCACUGAAGAUCAAGAUCGACCGAUAUACGUUCUUUCGAGCGACAAAAGGAUUAUUCGCGUCAACAAAAUCAAGGUUGAAGGAUAUCCAUCUAAAGGAGCAUAUCAAGCGGCUAUAAAGGCUAAGAUCAUGGACCCGCUAAUUGAGGAAGAAGUCCACGAUAAUACCAUUUCCAGAUUCCAUUCACAACUCCAGUAA